AUGGGCAUGGUUUUUCUAGCUAGUCUGCCACCUGCGGGGCUAAGGCGCAGUAUAAACGUCCAUUGUACGGAUAACGGCUCUAGGCGUCUAGGGGGUAUAUCACGAGAUAUAAAUAUAGUUAAUGCUACCUACAUAGAGUGGGCCCGCUUUUUGUAA